AUGAACGGACAAGAAGGUGAUUGUGAUGUGUAUGGAGACAUUUCCAAUCGAACCAAUAUGGAAAGAGCUGAAGAUGAUAACAUUGAUGCUAAUGCUCAAGUCGGUGUGAAUAUAAAUAAAAACAUUAGGCACACUCCUCAACAGAUCCAGAAACUCGAAAACUUCUUUAUGGAGUGUUGUCAUCCUAGUACGGAGGAGAGGUCAAAACUUGGACAAGAGCUUAACUUGGAGACUAAUCAAAUUACGUAUUGGUUUCGGAACAAGAGAGCCAAAAUGAAGGCGCAUGAGGAACGCCAUGAGAAUUUUGAUCUCAGACAAGAAAAUGAUAUAUUGCGAAGAGAACUAGAGCAGCUCAAAGAACAAUUGAUGCUUUGUACAUGCACCAUUUGUGGUGGGCCAACUUAUAUUGGUUUGGUGCAACAACUUCAAGAAGAGAAUGCUACACUGAAGCAGCAGAUAAACUGGGCUAAAAUUCUCCUUAGAAGUCUCAUUCAAAUCCCAGAUAGUCCAUAUGUGGCACAGCCUUCAUCUUCUUUAUUGUUGGAGCUCGCCAAUGACUCUAUGAAUGAGUUUAUUAUGAUGGGGCAACCAAACAGCUCAUUGUGGAAAAUAGACCCAACCUCUAGGAAAGAAACAUUGGACUAUGAGGAGUAUGAUAGAAUUUUCAUCAAUGGUUUAGUAAAACCUUGUGGGUAUGUUAUGGAGGCAUCCAGGGAAACAGGUUUAGUUUUUAUGGAUUGUUUGGCCAUAGUUGAAACUCUUACAACGAACAAAUGGAUCAACGUGUUUGAACCUGUUGUGUCAGUGGCAUCAGCUCGUACACUUAUACUUACCAGCGGCCGUGGACCAAUAAUUGGCUCCCUACUGAUUGAAGCAGGAUUUCAUGUCAUUUCUCCAUUGGUGCCAAAGAGACGAGUAAAAUUUCUUAGAUACUGUAAGAUGCUCAAAGAGGGCUUAUGGGUGGUUGUUGACUUUUCUCUUCCUGAAGAACCUCAUAAGUUGUUGUCGGAUGGUAGUUCUAACCGUUUACCCUCAGGCCUUAUAAUAGAGGACAUGGCUAAUGGUUACUCUAAGGUUACAUGGAUUGAACAUACUCAAUAUGAGAGAAGCAAAAUCCCUCCACUAUACCAGCUUUUGAUUGGCUCUGGGAUCGGGCUAGGGGCGAAGAGGUGGCUCACAACGCUGCAGAGACACUGCGAAAACCUCUGGAACCUGUCGAAUAUUAAUCUGGCUGGAGUUUACCAAGAGAAUAAGGGGCAGAACAUGAGAAUGAUGUCCCGAAAGAACGUGAAUGUGCUCGGUGAGUCUACAGGGAUUGUGUUGAGUGCAGCUACUUCUGUUCGGUUUCCAGUGAACCAGAAAACAAUGUUUGAUUUCCUCAACGACAAAAAGUUUAGAAGUCAGUGGGAUAUAUUGACCGAUGAGGCCUCUAUAGAAGAAACGACCAAGAUUCAAAAAUCAAGAACCCAUAACAACUAUGUCUCUCUUCUUAAAAUCUUUGGUUCUAGUCUCUCAGUUCUGAAAGAGACAUGGAAUGAUGCAUCAGGUGCAUUGUUGGUGUUUGCACCACUGAGCUUGGAUUCAGUAGAGAAGCUCAUGAGAGGUGAGGCUUCAUAUUCUGUGCCUAUUCUUCCUUCUGGAUUCUCAAUAGUGCCAGAUGGAGUAGAGACAAAUGGUGGAGGAUGUCUAUUGACCAUUGGCUAACAGUUCUUGGUUAACACUAACCCAUUUGCAGAUGUGAAUCAAGAUUCUGUCAACUCUGUUGAGAAAUUCAUAACUCACACUAUUGACAGGAUCAAAUCCGGUUUAUCUAUACCAACAUAGACAUUGUGGUUUCUCCAGUUGCUGUUGUGUUUCUUUUUAUAUGUUAUUUGCAUGACCAAAACUUAUCUAGACUUUUC